GUUGUGAUGAUGCAACGACGAUAGUAUCAUGUUGGAAGUCUGAAUCGUACGUCUGUAAGACUUUAACAAGCUCAACAAGGUGUAAUUACCUAUCAUAAGAACAAAACGGCAAUUAAUAUCAAAUAGGUCUUACCAGCGUUUAUUUAGUUUUACUUUAUGGUAAAAACUUAGGGCAUAUGGGCCUAGCUCCGCAAGAUGGACGAUGAUGUGUUGACUACGUUGAAAAUCUUGAUAAUUGGAGAGAGUGCUGUUGGAAAAUCAAGUUUAUUGAUACGCUUUGCAGAUGAUACUUUUGAUCCUGAUAUUGGACCAACCAUCGGUGUGGACUUCAAGGUUAAGACAAUAAGCAUUGAAGGAAACAAGGCAAAGCUUGCAAUUUGGGAUACUGCAGGCCAAGAAAGAUUUAGAACUUUAACACCAAGUUAUUAUAGGGGUGCACAGGGAAUUAUUCUUGUAUAUGAUGUCACAAGCAAGGAUACAUUCAACAAAUUGGAAGAGUGGUUAACUGAAUGUGACACCUAUACCACAAAAAGAGAUGUUGUUAAGAUGCUGGUUGGAAACAAAAUUGAUAAACCUGGACGAGAGGUGACAAGACAAGAGGGACUACAAUUUGCGAAAAGACAUGCAAUGCUAUUUAUUGAGGCCAGAAAGAAGAAUUCAUCAUUUCAAAACCAUAUCUUUUUAAAGUGCGAAGACAAAGCAUGGUGUUGAGUGUGCAUUUGAAGAACUUGUUGAGAAGAUUAUACAAACACCUGGACUCUGGGAGAAAGACUCUGUGCAAGGAGGUGGUAUGAAUUUGAAAGAGUCUGCAGCUGGUGGAGUGCAAAGCUGUGCUGGUUAUUGCUCCUUGAUAUAAGUGCCAGUCACUCAUCUAAUGCUACCAGAAAACAAAUCACAUAAUAUCUUGAAAUUUAUAUAUGGGAUGGAAUAUCUAAUGGUUUGUUGACGAUAUUUAUAUAUGCGAUGCUUAGUUUUAAAACAUAAUAAUUGUUUGUGCUAGCCAAAAAGUUUCUGAUGGCUGAUCUGGAAAAAAUACUUUAAGAGUAUUUUAAAUGUUGCACUUUUCAGGCACACAUUUCACCCUUCACUUGCUGAAUUUUUCAACCUCCAAGUCAGUGCUUGUAAUGCAUAAGCCAGACCUGCUUGGCUGUAUGGUGCUCUAGGAAAAUGAAGUCCCAGUGUGCCAGUACCAGUAAUGCCUUCCUAGACCACAAGUCUCUUUUGAUCAAAUUGCUUGGGUUAAAUCAAAAAACUGUCAGUUACAUCAUUCUUUGUACAAUUUGUAUGUCCACAUAGGUAUUUCUUGUAAUCAGUCUUAAAAAAUAUCACUUUAAAUAAAUUUUAGUAAUGUCAUUUUGCAUCCACCUUUAUAUUAAUGGUAGAUGAAUGCAGAAUAAUGCAACAUGAAUGUUAUUCAUCAUUUAGAAACCAGCUAAUUGAUGGAACAAAAUGGGAAUAUCUCCAAUGUAAUUCUUGCCAGUGCCACUCUGUGUUUGCAAAAAGCACCAAAAUAAAUGCUUAUAAAUGUAAACACGAAGGCAGCUAUACUCAUUAAAAUGUGCUUUCUGCAGUCCUUUGAAUUUAUAAAUUCAUAAAUUUUGCAUAAAACAAACCUGUCAGUACAACUAACAAUAUUACCAGUAAAAUGACAAUUCAAAUUUGGCAAACCUUGAGUUCUAUUACUUUUUUCUGGAAAAUUCUCUGCUACUUGGCAAAUACAAGCCUGUCGUGUGGAAAUCUCUUUGUUUGUUUGAAUCUCUGUGUACACCUUUUUGCUCAGUAAUGUUGGAUUGGGAGGAAAAGGCUCUUUCAAAAAACUUUUUUCGUACUUAUAGUUUGUUGAAUUUAGUCAGGUAAACAAAGCAGGAAAACUAUACAUUCAAGGGCAAUAAUCAUUUGGCCCUUCUUUGUCAUAAUAUUUUUUCUUCACCCCUGUUUGUUAUAUAUUUCUGUUCUCUAUUUGCUUCUGCUAUCUCCUUCCAUUCUUCUGCAUGCAGAAAAUGUGAACUUGUCUCCAAGGGGCACCCCGCCUAUAUCAAGUUUACAAUUAUUUUAGGAGAGAUGAUAAACUUGUUUUGGAGGCAACACAUUUUAGUGGAAAGAUAACUUAGCAAUGAGAAGGCAUUGAAAGUAUUCUUGUAGAUUCAGUAAAGAAGGGUUAUUAUUCAGUUGGAGGCAAAGGUUAGGUUUGCAAUCAAAAGCUUAUUGUCCCAAAUGAUACAAACAGAAUAUUCCUUGUUAGAAAAUUUAAUCAAAUACCAGUUUAGCUUCUUUAUUUUUAUUAACUUGAUAGAUAUACGUAAUAUACUAUACAACAAAGACUAAUUAUAAUGCCAGAAAUUAAUCAGGUAGUAAAGUACUCGAGUUAUGCUGUUGCAAGCCUGUGUAACACUCGUCUGUAGUCUGCCUCUAGAAGUUUAAAUGCCUCUUCAAGUCGUUUCAUUUUUUCUGUUCCACUAAGGUUGAACAUUGCUGCCUUGAAUUCCUCUUCACUUAGUGCACUCUGUAGCUUUGUCAAGUACCUUGCCUCUUUCUGUGUAAAGCAAGAUCAAAAGAAGUCCAUGUUUAGUCACAUAUAGCAAAAGUUCAGUUUUUUUCAAUUCCCAUGUACUGAAAAAUUAAACAUCUUUUCAUGUACCUUUUUUCACUACAGUAAACAAUCCUAAAAGUUUAAGCAAUAUUUGUCCUAGUUUUUUAUCUUAGUUGAUCUGGACCAAACUUGUAUUCUGGUUGACGAAUACCUUCAGAAUUUGUAAAGCACCCACCAAAAAUUUAUUCUUUUUCAGCAUUUACAUUAAAAAGCUUGCAACUCUUUCAUUCAAAUAUAGAGUCCUUCUUGCCAUCUCACAUAACUCCAAACUUACCUUUAGGGGAGCAUUUAAGCGCUUUUUUAUAUCCAAGCGGUAAUUUCUGUACUGUUCAGGAUCUCCUGUGUUGGUUACAUUCAGUCUAAGUAUUUCAUACACCCUUCUUGCUUGCAGCUGAAAUAGAUCAAUUGGUUAUUAGCUUUGAAUAACCUAGGAAAAACCCUUGCAUUAUGUGACUUAGGAAACCUAAAGCAGAUAACUUAGGAAAAACCCCUUGCACUAUACAUAAAAUAUCAAACAUCAUAACAUGGAAUUGAAAUAAGAUUUAUAUCAAAGGUGUCCAUCUCUAAAUUAAGAAUUCACCUUCCUUGCACUUUGUGUCUUAUAUCACACAAAUCAUAAUUCAUGAAAGUGUAUCAUGUGUGCCCUAUCUGAGAGAUAAAGUUAAACAUAAUGCUCAUUAUAUAAGUAAAUUUUCUGGCAGUCAGUAGAGUAAACAGAAAUUGUAUAAAGAAUAUGUUGAUAGUCUUCUCUUAGAUAAUUGAUGCUUAGAAUCUGUUUUUGUUAUUUGUUUCUUCUACUAGGUUGAACCCUUAAAGUGCUUAAGCAAAAUCCUAGUAAACUGGGAAUAUAUUCUCUCUUUUGGAUGGUUGUUCUUUCUUCUUUAUAAAGAAUAAACUGCAGGAUCUCAUCAAAGGAGAUUCCAGUUUUAUGAACCUUCUUAUGUACAGGCCCUAAAUGCAAAAAGAUGAAUCUCACCUUUGAUAUCUUGAAUUUCUGUCUUGCUUCCGUUGCCAUUGAGUCACUGAAUCCAUUUAUAAGAUUAUCAGGUGUGAAUGCAGGAAGUGAGAUGCAUCGUUGACAAUCAACAUAGUCACGUAAUCGAAUGAAGUCCUCUGAGGGAUCCUCAACUACAAGAAAUCACAACAGAGAUCCUGAACUUUUGUUACUUUGUCCAUUUUUAAUGUAUACAAUAGAAUACUUUGUGCAGUCCUGGUUAUAUAAGGCAUGCCAUCACACACACGUAAGCCUUAAAUUGUCAAGGUGUGCAAUUACCAUAUGCCAGCAAAUUGAAUAAUACAAAGACUGCUAUGUGGCUCCUGGCUUUUGAUGCCAACCUUUGUCACUUUUGAGGGCAGAAUCCUUCUGCAAAGUGUUAACAGGAAUUUGUCCCUUCUCUGCCCAGGAGAGUAAAUGGGUACCUAGUCUGUAGUAAUGAGCACUGUCUGUGGCAGCAUUUGAAAUUAUUCCUGUACAUUAUUUUAUUGUGUUGCAGCUAUUUUUUAUUAAAAUAAUCAUUAGGCUUUACCUGUAAUAUCAAUAACCUUUUCUUUUGGCUGGUAAAAGUUGUAAACUGUCUGCAAAAGCUCAGCUGAAAUAAAUGGGUUAUCAUUAAUAUACCUCAGAACAAAUAACAAAUUAAACAAUUUAUAUAACUAAAAAUACACAUUGAAAAUGCAUAUAUAUAUAUUUAAUUUAUAUUUUAUAAGACUUUAAAGAAAAAUCUUGAACAAACCUCCAUGGCCACAUUUUUGAUAUGGUGGGAGAAUCAACAUUUGACUAAGGACAAAUGAAUAAGCAAAUUGAAUAUUUCAAAUAGCUGCUAGUUACGUUUAUCCUUUAUGUUUAUUUAUCAUUAAGGUGUCAGUUUUUCUAGUGACAUAUCUGGUGUAAAAUUUGAACAUUGUGCUAUUUUAAUAUGUUAUUCUUUCUGGAUACUUGUUAUGCCUUUGGCAACUUUUGAUUUGGUAUUUGGUGAUGUUUGGUUACCAAACAACAUAUUUAUCAGUCAAAGUAGAAAACUAAGUAAAUGUGUAGUUUCUGUUGCUCUUCCAGGUUUCUGCAGCUUGCAGUUUCCUAUAAAUGUCUUGGCAUUAAUUGAUGCAUUCAUAAAGCAAGAUAGGCAAUAGCACAAGAAACUGUUUACCUGAUUCUCGGUCUGGUGUUUGUUGGGUAGGCAUAGUAAUGGUAGACAGUCAUGUAUCCACAAAUAUUAUAUUCAUAUCCUGCUGUUGGCCCUUUCUGUUUUUGAAAU